AACAAGACAAGGUCUAGACAGUCGUGUCAUGGCAAAAACUACUCGUUGGACCUACAAUUUCACAAUAUUUUUUGUUAUAUUUGAGAGAAAGAUGAACUGAAAACACCAAUCUGUAUUUAUAUUGUUACUGUGCACUGUACUAUAUGUGAGACCACAGACUUCCUUGACUGAACCUUGUAAUCAUCAGCCUAUAGGAAGGGUGAGGAGAGGAGAGGAAGGGGGGACAGCACCUCUUCUUUACCCUGGAAGAGUGGAGGGAAAAAGGAGUCAAGUGGAUGAAGGGGAGGAAGAAGAGGAGGGGGAGUAAGAGGAGGAGGAGGAGGGAGUAAGGCUCUUCUCCUCUCCCUCUAAGAGCAUUAACUGUAGAGUGUUCUGGUAGUGACAGGGCUGUCAGGGUCAGAUGGCUGCUCAGCCUGAUUAGACCAGCUCACAGCAGAUCCUCAGCCCAGCACUCUGCACUGCUACAGCUACAAACUGGCACGUACAGUACAGACAUCACAGCGGAUACUGAGAGGCCAAGAGAACUGCUGGUUGAUGGAGUUUGUGCGGCGGAGUGGUGACUACUGCCACGCCCAACACAUUUAGAGUCUAUCUGGAAUGAAGCUGCAACCAUGCAGUCCUGCGGCCCUGAUACCUGAAAGACCAUUGGCCCUUGCCCUCUAAAACCAGCCGGCUCAUGGGGUAAGACGUGGAACCUCGUCACUGGAAGCUAACUGGAGAGAGAAGGACAGAGAGAGCUAAAGAACUAAGAGACAAAGAGAGAAGGACUAAAGCAGAUCAGAGAGAUAAAAACAAAGAGACAGACACAGAGAGAACUGACACACUGUAGCUUCCUGGACUAUAGGAUACAGUCAACUGAUGGAGUGAAACUGUUCUCAAGACAACAGGACCUCAGAAUUGGGAACAAAUAAACAGUCUGUUUAGGAGACUGUUCAUUAACAGUCUCCAACAGGAAGUUCAGCAAAAGACAGGAAGUCCAGAGUUACCUGGAGACCUGAUAUAAGACACAGCAGCUACCUGCUACAGCUGGAGCUAAAGGUCCGAGGUCCUCCUGGGCUAUCAAAGGUCACGCUGGUCACCAUGAACCGUCCAGCUCCAGUGGAACUGUGCCACAAAAACAUGAGAUUCCUGAUCACACACAACCCCACAGACAGUACACUCAGCUCCUUCAUAGAGGACCUAAAGCGCUUUGGUGCCACCACAGUAGUUAGAGUCUGUGAUAUUACCUAUGAUAAAACACCGUUGGAGAAAGACGGCAUUACUGUAGUGGAUUGGCCGUUUGAUGAUGGAGCCCCGCCCCCCAGUAAACUGGUUGAUGAUUGGUUGAGUCUACUGAAGAAGAAGUUUCAGGAGGAUCCAGGAUGCUGCGUGGCUGUUCACUGUGUGGCUGGGCUGGGGAGGGCCCCUGUGCUGGUUGCUCUGGCUCUGAUAGAGAGUGGGAUGAAGUAUGAAGAUGCUAUUCAACUUAUCAGACAGAAGCGUCGUGGAGCCAUCAACAGUAAACAGCUAACCUACCUGGAGAAAUAUCGAUCCAAGCAGAGACUCCGCUUCAAAGACUCUAAUUCACACAAGAACAAGUGCUGCACAAUGUGAACACACACACACACACACACACACACACACACACACACACACACACACACACACACACACACACACACACAAAACACAAAAGACAUUUUGUACCCGGGUCAUUCCUGUUAUGCAGCAAUAUUUUAAUAUAUGCCCUGUCCUCAUAUUUCCUUUAAGAUGUGUCACAUUUUUAUAAAAAAAAUGGCUUAAAUUAUAGCUAAAGGUCUUCGUUAUUACAUUAACACAGAAUAAUGCACAUUAAAAAUACAUGUUGUACUUAACUGCCCUUUUUUAUGGUACAUGUGCUUGAUUUUACCAUGUCCCCAGUGUAACGUUAUCCUCUUCUACAAGACCUAUACGCCAUAAAAUAAUAAAAUACUAGCCAUGUUAAACUCUCUCUGAUAGGCUAUAUAUUAGGAAGAACUAUAGUUAUUUUUUUUUCUCACAUUUUCAUAAUUCACUCUGUGUGCCUGAAGUAAUUUUCCACCAUGUUAGUUUGUAGUUUCUCGACUUUAAAAUAAAGAAACUUCAAUUCCAUUGACACCAUGUUCAGGAAGUGACAUCCUUUUUGUGAGGGAACUCAAAGGAGCAAAGUAGGGUGAGCAUAAACUUACACUGAGGCCGAAAUGUUGCUGCAUACCAUGAUCCCUCAAAAAAUGCCUCAGGAAUCCAACCAUAUCAGCCUUGUGUCACUAUCACAAACACUAAAAUAUACAGGCUUCAUUUGGCCUAUGUGUACCCUGGGAAUUGACAGCAGUUUUAUUAGAAUCCAUCUUUGUGAUAUCUUGUCUUUUAAAGAAAAAUGGUUUGCUUCACAAUAUAGAUUACAGUGAAGAAAGAUGGCAAAUAUGGGCAGGGAAGAGAAAAUCACAUAAAAAGUUUUGUAGCUAAUUGUUCAGGGGAUAUAGAUAGUAUAGAUAUAGAUGGAAAAGACACAAAGUUGGGUCAGGGAUAAUGUGUUGAGGUUCAUGAAUCACAUUGAAAUUUUAUAUUAUGAUAUACCUGUUCUAUUGGCCCUCAAAACGUCAAAUCAUACCAGAUAUUUUGUAAAGAUACCAUUGAAUUUUCAUUAUUUUGUACAGGUGUUCAAUAUGUUUAAACUUCCCCAUAAUCAUGCUAUAAAAUGGCAUGCAGUAUUUCUGAGUGUUAACAGCUCAGUGUUUUUACUGUAAAUUAGGUCAAUACUUUAAGUUGACCCUAUCUUUUACAUUAUUCCUGUUGAUGUCUGUUCUCUGUGUAACUGGAGAUAAAAGGGCUCAUUUUCAAGCAGCAUUUUCUGCCAUUCAGUAUCAAAAUCAGCUUCUGAAAUGCUAGAUGAAGCAUUUUGGUAAACGUAAAGCCUUCAUUUGGUUUUGUCACAGUUGCCGUUUUAAUCUAAUUUCAUUGUGCUCAAAUGAUGUGUUUACAUAUUAGUGUGUGCAUUAUAUUGUGCUCUGUUUACUGACACCCACAAAAGUAAACAUCUUUGUCAGCAGCAGCUGAUUUCAAGCCAGUUUAAAAGUACAUAUGUAUUAUUUAAAACAAAAGGAAAUGUUAAUCAUUCUACAGUUAUAAUGCAUUACACACAUUCUAAAAUGACGGAGGGAUGUAAACUAGUUGUAAAUAAUAUUAAAUGAAGUAUCUCUAUUUAUCACUUUUAUUCUAGAGGUAAGGGUAAACCACUCCUCCCAGUCCUUGACUACAAACAUUUGCAAAGAAAAUGAAACCAUUGCAGGUAUUACACAUAUUUUUUAUGUUUCUUUGUCAGAAAGGAAUUUUCACAUUAUCAGCAGUUCAUGACAUAAUAUCUCAGUUUUAAUCCAUGGAUGAUAUAUGGAUAAAUUUAGAUCUCUAAUCCUAGAAUAAAUAUUAAUGCGCAUCAUUUAAACUAGGUUACAGUAUCUUAUACAGAUUUUCUUGUGGGUUGGAGUUUGCUUAUUAAUUUGUAUUGUUUCUUAAUGAUGCAUGUAACCAACUGCUUCAUGGUAGAGCAUGCACCUUUUAUGUAUUACAGUAGUACAUUGCUUGUAGUCCCCUCAUCAUCUUAUGUCCUGAACAACAAUUUGUGAGAAAGAAAUGAGAGCAGAGGGUGUAAAAUUGUGUGUGUGUGUGUGUGUGUGUGUGUGUGUGUGUGUGUGUGUGUGUGUGUGUGCGUGUGAGUGUGAGUGUGUGCGUGUGUGUGUUUUGCAGUCUUUAGUCAUUGUUAAUAAUUGGGACUGACCUGAGCUGACACUUUUUUAUGUAAAACUAAAUGCUGUAAAUGUCUCUAUCUCUGUACAUUUUUGCACUGUUAAUAAAGGCUUUGUCAUUGUCCCUAUA